GAGGAGGAGGAGGAGGGGGAGAGGAAGAGGCCGCUGCAUUGUGGGAAUACUGUGUGUGUGUGGAUCAGUGAGCACAGGAGUAACAUGGCGGCGCGCAUCCUUGCCCGGUGUGUCCGAUCACUGAACCCCAGCCUGGUGUCUCUGAACCGGGGCUGCGGGGCCGCUGUCGCCUCGGCUCCUCUCGGCCUGAGCCGUUGCCUCUCUGUCCCGGCCUUCGGGCGCCCGGCCCGGCUGACUCAGAUCCAGUACAGCUCUCCACUGGUCUCUCAGUUGCGGCAGUAUGGUGACCUGCCCCCAUUAACCUUAGACUCCAUCCGCGACAGGGUCCUCUACGUUCUCAAACUCUACGACAAAGUCAACCCAGAGAAGCUUCAGGUCACAUCCCACUUCAUGAAGGACUUGGGGCUGGACAGUCUAGACCAAGUGGAGAUCAUCAUGGCCAUGGAGGAUGAAUUUGGUUUUGAGAUUCCAGAUGCAGAAGCAGAGAAGCUGAUGACACCUGAAGAGAUCGUUCAGUACAUCGCAGACAAGAAGGAUGUCUACGAAUAGACUUUUUUGUUUUUCAUGUACAGAGUUUCGCGUGGAGAUGUGAAUCACGGCAAAGGCGCCAGGACACUGUUUAUUUUAUUCGAAUGCGAAAGCAUCUAUCUGUAAUCCCUGUUUUGGUCUUUGUUGUUUGUGAUUGGCAGAAUCUGCCUUACACACUGCAUAAUGCUACCAGUUAGAAUUCAUUCAGACAUGGAUAAUUCAUAUAAAUAUUGCCAUAAUAAAAUCUUUAAACCCCUAAUUUAGAUUUCAAA